CCUGGUUUCCUUCUGUUUUCCAGUCGUCCAGCAUGCUCUGCCCACCCCACGGCGAGGCGCACUGACCAUGAGCCUCAACUCCUCCCUCGGCCACAGGAAGGAGCUGAGCAACCUCACUGAGCAGGGGGCCGGCGAAGGGGGCAUCAUCGUCACCGAGUUCAUCGCCAUCAUCAUCAUCACCAUUUUCGUGUGCCUGGGCAACCUGGUCAUCGUGGUCACCUUGUACAAGAAGUCCUACCUCCUCACCCUCAGCAACAAAUUCGUCUUCAGCCUGACCCUGUCCAACUUCCUGCUGUCUGUGCUGGUGCUGCCCUUCGUGGUGACCAGCUCCAUCAGGAGGGAAUGGAUCUUCGGUGUGGUCUGGUGCAACUUCUCUGCCCUCCUCUACCUGCUCAUCAGCUCGGCCAGCAUGCUCACUCUUGGGGUCAUUGCCAUCGACCGCUACUAUGCUGUCCUGUACCCCAUGGUGUACCCCAUGAAAAUCACGGGGAACCGGGCGGUGAUGGUGCUCGUCUACAUCUGGCUGCACUCCCUGGUCGGCUGUCUGCCGCCCCUGUUUGGCUGGUCAUCCGUGGAGUUUGACGAGUUCAAGUGGAUGUGUGUGGCCGCCUGGCACCGGGAGCCCGGCUACACGGCCUUCUGGCAGAUCUGGUGCGCGCUCUUCCCCUUCCUGGUCAUGCUGGUGUGCUAUGGCUUCAUCUUCCGCGUGGCCAGGGUCAAGGCCCGCAAGGUGCACUGUGGCGCCGUGGUCAUUGGGGAGGAGGACGCCCAGCGGACCGGGAGGAAGAACUCCAGCACCUCCACCUCUUCCUCGGGCAGCAGGAGGAACACCUUUCAGGGUGUGGUCUACUCAGCCAACCAGUGCAAAGCCCUCAUCACCAUCCUGGUGGUCAUUGGGGCCUUCAUGGUCACCUGGGGCCCCUACAUGGUGGUCAUCACCUCGGAGGCCCUCUGGGGGAAGAACUACGUGUCCCCGACCCUGGAGACCUGGGCCACGUGGCUGUCCUUCACCAGCGCCAUCUGCCACCCCCUGAUCUACGGGCUGUGGAACAAGACAGUCCGCAAGGAGCUGCUCGGCAUGUGCUUUGGGGAUCGGUACUACCGGGAGCCGUUCAUGCAGCGGCAGAGGACUUCCAGGCUCUUCAGCAUCUCCAACCGGAUUACAGACCUGGGCCUGUCCCCACACCUCACAGCGCUCAUGGCAGGUGGCCAGCCCUUGGGGAACAGCAGCAGCACUGGGGACACCGGCUUCAGCUGCUCUCAGGACUCAGGAACAGAUGUGAUGCUGCUGGAAGACUACACAUCCGAUGACAACGCUCCCUCCCACUGCACCUGCCCCCCCAAGAGACGGAGCUCGGUGACAUUCGAGGAUGAAGUAGAACAAAUCAAAGAAGCUGCCAAGAACCCUAUCCUCCACGUGAAAGCCGAAGUACACAAGUCCUUGGACAGUUACGCAGCCAGUUUGGCCAAAGCCAUAGAGGCCGAGGCCAAGAUCAACUUAUUUGGGGAGGAGGCUCUUCCCGGGGUCCUGUUGACGGCGCGGUCUGUCCCGGGGACUGGCUUUGGGGGCCGCCGGGGCAGCAGGACAUUGGCGAGCCAGAGGCUGCAGCUGCAGAGCAUUGAAGAAGGAAACAUCUUAGCUGCUGAGCAGAGAUGAGGGCCUCUGGGGAUCUCCGCGGAAGGAUGCCUCUAGUGGGCUGUACCGGGAUCCUGGGAGCAUGGGGAAGGAACAUCUGCUGUGCAGCCACCAGGGAAAACACUGAAAACAAUGUCUAUAGCCAGUGACUUCAGUGUCGGUGGUGAGGCAACAUGCAGGCUUCUCCGGGUCCCAGAGAUGGGGCCAGAGAUGUGUAAAGCACAACAGAAAGCAGAUGGAUGUGUGGCUGUGACUUUGUGGGAGGUGGGCACAGCAGGGACUGGAGUCCUGGCCUUGAAAAGAAACCACAUUGUGGGUUGUUCCCUCUUCUUCACGAGCUAUAUCCAGGGGUCCAGACACCCAGCAGGGGGCCUGUGCCUUUGAGGACAGCACAUCUGAGAAGCAAGAUCACCCAGGGCUUCUGCAUGAUGGCACAGGCGGCUCUGGCUGCCAGCAGUCGUACGCUAACUGGUCUCAAAAGAAGUAGAGCCCCUGCGUCUAGUCCCCAAAUCUCCAGUCUGGGCUGUGACUGUGUCUUCAGGACCUGCCCCCGCCGGUCCUGGGAAGGGCAGCUUGCAGGCAAAAAGGUCCAGGCAGGGCCUGCUGUUUCUGAGGACGGGGACCCACCCCACCUACUUCUCUACUGACUGAUUCUUUGGUACUUCAAAAGAAGGGAGAAACCACUAGAAGAGAUAGCAGAAUGGAGCAGAUUCCAGAUGCUUCACUCCCAGAAUUUAAAAAUAUCUGUUGGGUACGGACACCACAAUCUGUUUGUGAUUCUGUUUGUGACUCAUGAAGGACCAGUUAGAAUUGCUGGUCUCCAGUUUCACAGGCUGGAUGCCCAAAUGCAACAGUGACUAUUAUUCCAACCCAGGGGAGGCCCGAGAUGCAAUGGGAAGAGAGCAAGACCUGUUGUCAGUGGCUUGGGUUCUGGGCCCAGCUCCACCUCUUUUUCAUGUGGGACAUAUGGCACCUCCCUGGACCAGCUGGACAGAGAAAUGAAUGGGCUCCAAGACCAUGUCCAACUCUGAUCUUUAAUGGUCUUUCAGUUUGCCAGAGGUGGGAAAAAGGGGCCUCACAGGCCAGUUUUUGUUUGGCCUUGAAUGUGGCUUGUGUUGAGCACUGGAGUGUUGUAGGCCCAGGUAUGUGGGCCUGACAGGAAUUUUGAGCCCAGUCCUGAUUGAAUGUCAACCCCCAAGGCACACAGAGGUGCCGGAGUGAGCCCUUUGUGUGGGGGACAAUAGAUGAAAUGUGUGUUGAGAGUACUGGCUGUGGUGACUUGCAAAGCCGCGCUGGGUCACCUGUGUCUUCUCAUUAACCUGGGCAAUUAGAUAAACUAAACACAGGGUGUAGCCUGCCGGGGGGAUACUGGGGCUUCCAGAUAAUGUCAGCAGUCUGAGGAGAUUCAGAGGUGGCUGCUCCAAGGUGGCAGCCCCUCCAGAAAGUCAUUCCCCUCAUGGUGUUUCUUUUGGGUCUAGUCAGCCCUCGGUGGAGACCAAAGGUUGGCUAGUCCCCUGGUCUGCAAUUUAUAAAGACUUAGUAAGGCCCAGGGCUUUGCUACCUUUGUUGUGAUGGGACUCCUUCUUGCCAGCUGUUCCCUGUCAUCUGGUGCCAGCUGCAGACCUGGGUUCUAGACAGGAGUGGGAGGGGCAUAUUACUUUUCCAGGGUGCACAAGGCAGGUCCCCUGUGUGCUUUGCUGAGAUGUGUAGCUGGAAAGAUUCUGCUCACACUACUGAGCAUCAUUCCUAAACCUGAGGGCAUUUUGUUUUCUCUCUCUCUCUGUGUGUGUAUAUAUAUAUAUAUUUCUAGCACUUAACUAGUUUCUAAAGAAACCACAAUACUAUCAACAGAGGUGGGGCAGGGCAGAGACCUUUGCCUCUAGGCUGGGACACUCCGGGAUGUCACCUGUUGGGCCUUUAAAAUCGCCUGGAAGCCUGGGGUUGGAGAGUGUUUCCCCUGGACUGCCCUCUGCUGGGCUUUGGGAGAGAGUCCUGACCCCUGGUCCCCACUGUCCAGCCCUGAAGGACUAGCAUUUACUCAGUGCCAAUCUGGAAAUACUGCACUUCCCGGGCGGAUUCGCCAUUUUCUUUUCUUCCACUUGCUCCAUCAGGUUGUUCAUCCACCAGACACUGUGCAUCUGGAGUGUCACUCCAAUUCAAGGAGAGACCCGGGGGGAUACUGGGGCUUCCAGAUAAUGUCAAGUAAUGGUUACAAAAGGAGCUCGAGUUCCACUGGGAGACAAGGAUUUCCAACUUAGGAGUUAGUGCUCCAUGAAGGGUGACAAUUUGAGCAAGGAUGUCUGGCAUGUAGAACCAAAUUCUGCAUAUUCAGGAGUUCAUAUUUGUCUCAGUUCAGCUGAGAGAAGGUGGAAGGAGGGAGGGAGAGAGGAGAGGCGUAGGAAGAGCAAGAAGGAGCAGGUGGGUGGGGCAAGAAAGAGUCACAUAUUUCUGAUAUUUUGAGGGCAUCAGUCCUUGGUGUAGGUCAAAACCUCAACUGGCACCACUAACCCAUAAGUCCCUUGCUGUAUGCUGCCAUGUGGUGGCAUCCAAAGCUUUUCUGAGUGUGGACCUGGUGGACUGUGGCAAUUGGGACAUUGUCACUCAUUCCUAAGUACCUGUUCUGUAUCUCCUGGUUUUGACAGGACCACCACUAAGGCACAUGUCUGCGUCUUCCAUCAAGAUUGCCACUUGACAGGGCCCUGUGCUAUGCCCCAGGUAGAAACUUAGGGGACUCUUUUAGGCCAGGAGGUCACUGGCGUUCCCCUCUGCCUAGACCCUGGGCACCCAGGCGGGAGUGCGUGCCUUGGACACUAGGGGGCAGCAGUGUGAACAUGAUGCUGCAGGCACUUCCCCAGUGCCACCUAAGGAUAAACCCCAAGGCUGCUUUGCUCCUGGCCUAGAACACUCCUUUGAACUACUGUCCUCGGUCCUCACCACCCAGCCAGCUGGCUUAUGUUUGUGACCCUACUAAGGGGCACAGGUGCUGCCACCAGUCAGCUGUGUGAUCUUAAACAAAUCUUUGUUGCAGAAGGGCAUUGAGGAAUGCAAGACAAGGGCCAUUCCAGGCUAACGUGUGUCUCCUUUAAGGAACUACGUCAUUUCUGGUGGUCUAGACAGAUACAGUUUCUGCAAAGACUUGGGCAACCAGAGUCUCAUUUGUAGAAGGUCCCUGGGUUGGGGUGGGAACAAGGAAAAGAGGUUGCAUACAAUGGUGACCUGGAGGUACCUGUAGACUGGAGAUGGGUGUCUAGAACAUUCUCACGACAUGUGUCAGCUGUCAGUUUGACACUUCUAUUGGGAAGGGAGGGCGACAUGGUGAACAACAGGAGGAGUAGGGGAGCAAGGCAUGUGCUGCACGCCUUAGGCACGUCAGGCACAGCCAAAUACUCCCAUAGUGGCAGCUGACCACGCAGGCCUUGGUAUGUAAAUUAUGGCUUCAGAUCCCACGCUGCCAUCCAUUAGCUGGGUGCUCUGGGGCAGGUUAAUCUGCACCAGUUUCCUGCUCUGUAAAUUGAGGCUUUGUAACCUUUCUCUAUGGGGAUGCAGGGUGCAGGGGCCUGUGUCAUAGGUGAUUCUGUGGGUUAAAGCACUGGGGCAGGGUCCCUGCUGCGGAGUUGCAGCACACUUCCCAGCCCUCUGGGGCGGUGCAUUGUUCCUGUUUUACAGGCAUCUGACAAAGUGAAUAUCCUGAAGAGGUAACUUCCUAGCGAGGAAGUGCUGGAGGUUGGUUGUUGCUAUGGGGAUUAUCCCAUGCACUGUAUGGCACACCCAUCUUUUGGGACCGGAAGGGGAAGGCUAUGGAAAAGAGGGAGGAAAGGCUGAGUAGCAUUUGGAAUUCGAGAAUCCCGAAGGAGCAAAAAUGAACUUUUCUGUUAAUGGCUAUCAAAGAUGUUGUGACCCUGGGGCUUGCCGUAGCUCCCCAGAUCACAGCACAUGCUCAGCCUUUACCUCCCUGGUAGCUGGAAAGUGGGGUCCCCAGGAUCUUCCCUGGGAGCUGAGGGCAGCUCUGUCCUUUGGAAACAGUCACAGCUCACUGGCUGUGGCUAUAGGUUGUCUCUGAUCCUCUGAGCCCCUGAGAGUGGGAGAGAAGGGGAACAGGGCAGGAAUCCAGAUUUCUAUGCUGUGUGGGCAGAACCCCAGGUGAAACCUGUGGAGAGAGCAGGGAAGUCACAGCUGUCCCUGAUCAAAGGGAAUGGCUGGGGUCACAGUCAAGAGUACAUGAGAGGCAGCCAACGGUCCUGGGCUGGCGACCGGGACGCAGAAUGCAGGGAGACCGAGGGCAAAGAAAACUGCCCUAGGCCUCAAAGCGAGUUGGGCCACAGUGAGUCCAUCUAGUCUUGGCCACGUGACUGAAAGAAGGAAGGAGCCAGCUUUGCAUGGGGAGGUAGAGGCAUCUCUAUCCGGAGAAUAGGCAGAAAGGAGCCCAGGAGACAGGCCCAAGUAUGUGACUGGAUUCAUUAGAAGAAUUUCAGCACAAACUCAAGUUUGACAGGAUUACCAAGACCCCAGUUUUGCUCAGUCUUAUUUUUUUUUUUAAAAGAUUUUAUUUAUUUAUUCAUACAGAACUGGGGUAUAGGCCAGAGGUACAGGGG